AGGACAAAUUUGUUUUCGACAGGCAAAUUUUUUGAGCUUGGCGCUCUUAUUUAAUCGAUACAAUUACACUUGCAGUCAAUUAAUGUAUGUAUACAAAGUUAUAUAUCGAUGUUUUAAUUUCUUCUUGCAUCACUAUUAUAAAUGAUAUCGCUCAUGCGCGAAAUCUGGCAAUAUUUGUCGUGACGCACACUAACACACACGAGUAAUCAAGCUAAGCAAUCACUUUCCGAAAUUGUCUGCGCUGCCCUGAAGAUGAUGUGAAGAAGUUAACAACACAAUCGAAACGCGAUAUUCGACGCGAUUCAUAAGCGCUUUGGCAGCAAACCCAAAAGCGAAUCAAUUUACGAGACAUAUUCACAUGCCAGAUUCAUUCUCAGUUUUUUCAUAUCCAGUUAACUAGUCCGUCGUCUCCCCUUUCGGGAUGUCACAGUUCGAACGUGAACGGGGCUCAGGCCCUCUGCCCAACCGUUGGCUUUACUGUCCACGAAAAAGUGACUCAAUUAUAGCGGAACGGUUCCUCGCGUUCAAAACGCCGCUAAGUCAGUCCUUCCAAGACAAGAUGCCGAUUGAAUGCACCUUUCGUCCCGAGAUGCUCUUCGACUAUUGCAAGACCCUUAAGCAGUUAAAGCUGGGCCUUUGGAUUGACUUGACAAACACAAAACGAUUUUAUGACCGCAGCACAGUGGAAGAGCGGGGCGCACAGUAUAUUAAGCUGCAGUGUCGUGGUCAUGGCGAAACACCAUCGCCGGAGCAGACGCACAGCUUCAUUGAGUUGGUUGACAACUUUAUCAAUGAACGCCCGUUGGAUGUUAUUGCUGUGCAUUGCACGCACGGCUUUAAUCGGACUGGUUUUCUUAUAAUCUCCUAUAUGGUGGAGCGAAUGGAUUGCUCCGUAGAGGGGGCACUUGCCGUAUUCGCGAAGUCACGACCGCCAGGCAUAUACAAACAGGAUUAUAUUAAUGAGCUCUUCCGUCGCUAUGAAGACGAGGAAGAUGCUCCCCAAGCCCCAGAGCAGCCCAAUUGGUGUCUAGAAUAUGAUGAUAGCAAUGGCAACGACGACGUCGGUGGCGACAGCAGAAAGCGUCGGUACGAUGACAAUUGUUCUUCCACUUCGCAGCAGGCUGCCGCGGCAGCUGCUGGUGGUGGACCGAUUGACGAGGACGACGAGGAAGAUGCAGAUUCAAAUGCAAACUGUGAAGACGGCGCCUCAGGCGAUGGCCUCCAAAAGAAGAAGCGACGUCGCGAGUUGAUUGUCAAGAAUGCAGCAUUUAUGGCUGGUGUGCCCGGUGUACGGCAGGUGACAGACCAACCGCGAGUGACUGACCUACAGCGCAGGGUACAAGACUGGUGUAACUGGCAGAAAAAUGGCUUUCCGGGAUCCCAGCCCGUAUCUAUGGAUAGGCACAACAUCAAGAGGCUCAGCGAGAUACCGUAUAGGGUCUCUUGGAAGGCGGAUGGUACACGAUACAUGAUGCUUAUUGAUGGACGCAAGGAGAUAUACUUCUUCGAUCGCAACCACUCCUGUUUUCAGGUGGAAAAUAUGUCCUUUGUCAGUGGCAAGAAUCUGCACGAUCAUCUUGAUGGCACACUGUUGGAUGGGGAAAUGGUGCUAGACAAGAUUGGUGACACAGUGACGCCUCGUUUUCUUGUGUAUGACAUUGUCCGUCUGGCGGGCCGUGAUGUGCGGGAGGAACCAUUUUUCCCACAUCGUUUGGACUAUAUUAAAAAUGAUGUUAUAGGUCCACGCAUCCUUGCCAUGAAGCACGGUAUUAUUAACCGCGCCCUGGAGCCCUUUAGCGUGCGAAAUAAGGACUUUUGGGAUAUACGUACAUCGGCACGUCUACUAGGCGAAAAGUUUUCACGUUCGCUAGCUCAUGAGCCUGACGGUCUCAUCUUUCAGCCCUCACAGCAGCCAUACACAGCGGGCGUCUGCGUCGAUGUAUUUAAAUGGAAACCGCAUGAGCUCAACUCCGUAGAUUUUCGUCUUAAGAUAACAACAGAACGUGGCGAGGGGCUGUUGACCAAAAAGGUUGGCUUUCUUUUUGUUGGCGGCCAUGAUGCCGCCUUUGGUCGGAUGCAAAAACUUACGAAGGAAAUUCGAGAGCUAGAUAACAAGAUUGUAGAAUGCACCAUGAAUCAAUAUGGUAACUGGGACUUUAUGCGUGAGCGAACGGACAAAAAAUUGCCCAACAGCUUUAACACCGCCGUAUCCGUCGUGGAGAGCAUCAAGCAUCCUAUUACCAAGGAUUAUCUACUAAGUUUCAUUUCAAAUUUCGGCUUCCGUGAUGAUCAUACAAUGAUGCCGCCGCCAGCCGCACAGCGACGUUAGCAUUGCUCAGAGCAGCUAUCUCCUCUCCUAUCCUGCACCACAUAGACACCCUUGACACACUCAUUAGGAAAUUAAUAAACCAUAAUAAAUAAAGAAUA